GGCGCAGCAGAUUUGGAUUCGCAGCUCAAUCACUUUUGUGUGAGCCUACGUCUGAGACGCAACGCACGGCGAAACCCGGACUGUUUACAACUAAACAAGCUACAUGCGGUGUCUGCCGGUCCCUAAACCAAGCGACGGGAUCAAACGAACGACAGCCGUAAAAUAAGAUCACGUCGCAGCCGCCGCAGACUUCGUUUUGUUUUUUUUUUUCGGGGGGGAGAAACGAUGCCUUUUCCGAAGGGAAAGAAACCCACAGUCACAGUUGGGAGCAAGAUACCCAAGCUAUGUGCAACGAAGACAGAGAACCAGGAGGAAGGCCCACAGGUGAAAAGGUCCUCCUCCCCUCCUCAUGGAGCUCCCAAGAAGAGGACUGCUUUUAUUGACAUCACCAAUGCUCAUAAGGUUCAGAUCAGCCUUCCAGGGAAAAAGAGAGAACCAGGAAAGAGUGCGGGGAAGAAAACGAGCUCCACCUCCGUGUCUCUGAAGAAACAAGCCAACCUGAAAAAGUCUUCUUCGGUGAGCUCAGAGGGAACGACUGCUGAGAAAGAAAAGACUGCAGUGGAGGAGAGACCCUGUGAGGAGGCGGCACAGACGGAUGUAGCAGCUCCAGUAGAAGAGCUGGUGGCUCCUACGUCCACUGCUGCCUGUGAAGUGCCAGCACACCUCCAGAGACAACAGAUCCCAGAGGAGUUUGACAUUGACUCUGAGAACUCCGAGGACAGUUACAUGUGUCCGGAGUAUGCAAAGGACAUCUUUGACUACCUCAAAGAGAGAGAGGAGAAGUUCGUCCUCUGUAACUACAUGCCCAAGCAGCCCAGCCUCAACCCAGAGAUGAGGGCAAUUCUCAUCGACUGGUUGGUUGAAGUACAGGAGAACUUCGAGCUUUACCAUGAGACCCUCUACCUGGCCGUGAAGAUGACAGACCACUACCUGUCCCAGACUCCCGUCCACAGGGAGAUGCUGCAGCUCGUCGGCUCCACCGCUAUGCUCAUAGCCUCCAAAUUUGAGGAGCGCAGCCCGCCGUGUGUCGACGACUUCCUAUAUAUUUGUGAUGAUGCGUACAAGAGGGAGGAGCUUAUCUCCAUGGAAGCCAGCAUCCUGCAGACGCUGUCCUUUGACAUCAACAUCCCCAUCCCCUAUCGGUUCCUCAGACGCUAUGCCAAGUGUGUGAGCGCGGGCAUGGACACGCUGACUCUGGCUCGGUACUACUGCGAGAUGAGUCUCAUGGAGAUGGACCUGGUUCAAGAGAGAGGCUCCCUGCUGGCCUCGGCCUGCCUGCUGAUGGCGCUGGUCAGCAAAGAACUGGGAGGAUGGUCUCCCAUCCUGCAGUUCCACUCUGGAUACCAGGCGUCAGAUUUGGCGCCGGUCGUCAAAAGGCUCUAUGUGAUGCUUUUAGCUCCUCCGGAUGAUAAACUGAGAGCCAUCAGGAACAAAUACUCCCACAAGGUGUUUUUUGAAGUUGCAUCCCUGCCAUUGGUCAACAUUGAUAUUUUGGAGAAAGUGUUACUUCAGUGAGGUGUCAACCUCCC